AUUUGGAAGCAGCUGGAGCUCAGGUCUCCCGUGCCUGAGGGUUAGGCCAGCCAGAAGAGGAAGAAAGAACGGCAUGGGGCUUACGCAGGCCUGAGCAGUGAGCCACAGCUUCUUGGACCUGGAGCUCCAACCGGGAGGCUGUACCCCCUGGAGUGACUCAGGAAGAAUUGAUGCUCUGGCCCUCAGCGACAUGUACAUGGUGUAAUGACAGGAAAUGAGCAGGUUUGCAGAAAAGCUGGUGGCCUGAAGUUGAAGCCUAAGGAGUUGGUGCUUGGCUCUGGCUGAGAACAUGGCCAAUGACAUUGAUGAACUUAUUGGUAUCCCUUUCCCUAACCACAGCAGCGAGGUGUUGUGCAGCCUGAAUGAGCAGCGGCACGCAGGGCUGCUGUGCGACGUGCUGCUGGUGGUUCAGGAGCAGGAGUACCGCACGCAUCGCUCGGUGCUGGCCGCCUGCAGCAAAUACUUCAAGAAGCUCUUCACGGCCGGCAGCCUGGCCAGCCAGCCUUACGUCUAUGAGAUUGACUUUGUCCAGCCUGAGGCUCUGGCUGCCAUCCUGGAGUUUGCAUACACCUCCACGCUCACCAUCACCGCCUCCAAUGUCAAGCACAUCCUCAAUGCUGCCAGGAUGCUGGAGAUCCAGUGUGUUGUGAACGUGUGCCUGGAGAUCAUGGAGCCUGGUGGCAAUGGUGGUGAGGAGGAGGACAAGGAGGAGGAGGACGAUGAAGAUGACGACGACGAUGAGGAGGAGGAAGAGGAAGAGGAGGAGGAGGAAGAGGAAGAGGAAGAUGACACGGAGGACUUCGCUGACCAGGAAAACUUGCCUGACCCCCAAGAUAUCAACUGCCCCCAAAGCCCCUCCAAGACAGACCACCUCACAGAGAAGGCCUAUUCAGACACACCCAGGGACUUCCCCGACUCCUUCCAGCCCGGCAGCCCUGGCCAUCUGGGAGUGAUCCGGGACUUCUCCAUUGAAUCUCUGCUGAGGGAGAACUUGUACCCCAAAGCCAACAUCCCUGACAGGAGACCCUCCUUGUCACCAUUUGCCCCAGAGUUCUUUCCACACCUCUGGCCAGGUGACUUCGGUGCCUUUGCCCAGCUGCCUGAGCAGCCCAUGGACAAUGGGCCACUGGAUCUAGUCAUCAAGAACCGCAAAAUCAAAGAGGAGGAGAAAGAGGAGCUGGCCCCACCCCCGCCCCCUCCCUUCCCUAGCGACUUCUUCAAGGACAUGUUCCCUGACCUGCCCAGUGGGCCACUGGGCCCCAUCAAGGCGGAGAAUGACUAUGGUGCCUAUCUCAACUUCCUGAGUGCCACCCACCUGGGGAGCCUCUUCCCACCCUGGCCACUGGUGGAAGAGCGUAAGCUGAAGCCCAAGGCCUCUCAGCAGUGCCCCAUCUGCCACAAGGUUAUCAUGGGAGCCGGGAAGCUGCCUCGGCACAUGAGGACCCACACCGGGGAGAAGCCGUACAUGUGCAGCAUCUGCGAGGUCCGCUUCACCAGGCAGGAUAAACUGAAGAUCCACAUGCGGAAACACACCGGGGAGCGGCCCUACCUGUGCAUUCACUGCAACGCCAAGUUCGUGCACAACUACGACCUCAAGAACCACAUGCGCAUCCACACGGGCGUACGGCCCUACCAGUGCGAGUUCUGCUACAAGAGCUUCACGCGCUCCGACCACCUGCACCGCCACAUCAAGCGGCAAAGUUGCCGGAUGGCGCGACCCCGGCGAGGCCGCAAGCCUGCCGCCUGGAGGGCUGCCAGCCUGCUCUUUGGGCCCGGUGGCCCCACACCCGAUAAGGCGGCCUUCGUAAUGCCUCCCACGCUGGGCGAUGUGGGUGGGCACCUGGGUGGCGCGGCCGUGUGCCUCCCGGGCCCCAGCCCUAAUAAGCACUUCUUGGCGGCACCCAAGGGUGCCUUGAGCCUACAAGAGCUGGAGCAGCAGUUCGAGGAGACGCAAAUGAAGCUGUUCGGACGCGCACAGCUCGAGGCCGAGAGGAACGCGGGUGGCCUCCUGGCCCUGGCGCUGGCUGAGAACGUGGCCGCCACGCGUCCCUACUUCCCGCUGCCCGACCCCUGGGCAGCCGGCUUGGCUGGCCUCCCUGGGAUCACUGGCCUCAACCACGUGGCCUCCAUGUCUGAAGCCAAUAACUAGGCUGGCCCUGGUCUACCCCAGUCCCAAACCCUGUCUUAAGUCCCUCUAAGGCCUGCCCUGCCCCACCCAGUGGAUCUGAACUUUCUAGUUUGCAAACACAAAGGGAAAAUGAGAAAAUACGUUUUAGCUGAGAUGCUAUUUUCCUGGCCUUCAAGGGCAGCAGCUCCCUUUUGCUGGUGUCUAAGCUGGACACCUCUUCCCUAAGGGUUGGGAGCCCCCCCCCCCAAUUCUCCCUGGCUGUUUCUGAUUCACAUAGAAAUACACAGGGUGCCAUGUCAUAGAAAGCUCCACGCUGGUACCAGGAGCACUCUGCCAGAGGGCUGGCCAGGAGCGACAGCAUGU